AUGAGGAAAAAUCAAGACUUGACAAAGCUCGCUGACUGUCUGGUCUCUCACCUACACACGAGACUGGUUAGGGAGAAAAAAGUGCUACCGCUCCACUUCUUACAACAGCUAGAACGUGAGAAAGGGACGGACCUAAAGCUGAGUGCAAAGGAUUCACAGACCCUUGCUGUGAAAGCCUAUUUUGUCCACUGUGCCCUACCGGAUGACAUGGAGGAUUUGGAGGUCCUCGGGCGGGACUUGAUGGGGAAAAAACACUUUCCAGGAAAAGGCGCGACAGCACACGCGUUUGUGUGGAACGAUAUGAAAGCACUUAAGACUUUGAUGGAGGAGUGGAACAAGCUGCAGGUGUAA